AUGGAGGAGCUGUCAGAGAAAGUUGACCUAGUUGAGGACCCAGAAACUCCUCAGAUGGAAGAUGAAGAGGACUCAUCCGAUGAUUCAGUUCUACAACCAGAAUCACUAGAAAAGGCCAUGAAGAAGCUAAUCCCGAACCCCAGUGCACAUCUUUGCAGCCUCCGUCACAGGAUUGAGAGCCGACCUGUGAAGAACAGAAGCGAAAGAAUCUUGAGGGAAGUUCAAAGCACCUUUCCCAAGAGGAAGGUCCACACAUUAUUGUCAGUGCUGAAAGAUCCUAUAGCAAGGAUGAGAAGAUAUGUCCAGAUUGACCAGAGACAAAAAAGGUUUGAGAGCCAUGAGUCUGAAGGGAACAGUGAGCCAUUCAGAUGCCUCUGCACCUUCUUCCAUUAUCAAAGAUGGGAUCCUUCUGAGAAUGCUAAAACUGGAACAAUUAGGACAGCUUAA